AUGAUAGAACUCUGUGCCAACUCGGAGAAGACUUUAGAACGGUUUAGAUACCAGUUUCCCGAGGACUGGCUCUAUAGCGACCAAUUACGAGGCGAAUGGAGCGCGUACAACGAGAUUCUAAAACGCAAGAAUGACUCGAUUCAGGAGCAAAUGGCUGGCCUCCAAUUAAAAACCAUUGCCGAAGAUAAGGUGGUCGAAAACAAAAUCACCGAUCUACUUGCCGAGUGGGAGGCUGCCCGUCCAGUGCAAGGUCGCAUACCAGCCGAUGUCGCAUUAUCGACCAUUUCGACAUUUGAAGUCAAGCUCAACCGCGUACAGGAAGAUUACGACCUUGUUUGUAGAGCAAAAGAGGCUUUGGGCCUUGAGCUCGUGCGACACCAACGACUGGAUCCUGUGAUCGAAGAAAUGCGCGAUUUGAAGGGAGUAUGGACUGCGCUGAGUGGCAUCUGGAGCCAAAUCCACGAACUCAAGGAUAUGGUCUGGGCAACCGUUCAGCCGCGCAAAUUGCGUCAACAUAUCGACGGGCUGAUAGCAUCAACCAAAGAACUGCCGAACCGCAUGCGGCAAUACGCAGCAUUUGAAUACGUACAGGAAGUGCUCAAGACCCGUUUAAAGGCCAACACAAUUGUAACGGAGCUGAAAUCAGAAGCGUUGAAGGAGCGCCAUUGGAAGCAACUCUUUAAGUCACUUAGAGUACCAAGCAAUGUUACCCUUUCUCAGCUUACCCUCGGCCAAGUUUACGAUAUGGAUCUAAAGAAGAACGAAUCCCUCAUCAAAGAUGUCAUUACCCAAGCCCAAGGAGAAAUGGCGCUUGAAGAGUAUCUGAAACAAGUCCGCGAAAACUGGACUACAUAUUCACUAGAAUUGGUGAACUACCAGAACAAGUGUCGCUUGAUUCGCGGAUGGGAUGAUAUUUUUACUAAGUGUGGCGAAAAUCUUAACUCACUUGUGGCGAUGAAGCUAUCUCCCUACUACAAGGUUUUUGAAGAAGAGGCUUCUUCCUGGGAAGAGAAAUUGAAUCGCAUUCAUGUACUUUUUGACGUGUGGAUUGACGUGCAACGUCAGUGGGUGUAUCUUGAGGGUAUCUUCUCUGGCUCUGCGGAUAUCAAGCACCUCUUGCCAGUAGAAUCGGCCCGGUUCCAGAACAUCAAUUCCGAAUUCUUGACGGUAAUGAAGAAAGUCUACAAGUCUCCAUUCAUCCUCGACGUGAUGAAUAUCCCUGGUGUUCAAAAAUCUUUGGAACGUCUCGCCGACUUACUUACGAAGAUUCAAAAAGCUCUUGGUGAAUAUCUUGAACGAGAGCGUGCAUCUUUCCCGCGGUUUUACUUUGUCGGAGACGAAGACUUGCUCGAAAUCAUUGGUAACAGCAAAGAUAUCAUUCGAAUCAUGAAACACCUCAAGAAAAUGUUUGCUGGAAUUUCUACUAUGAUACUCGACGAGGAUGUCACUCAGAUUCAAGGCAUUGCCUCUCGUGAAGGCGAGGAAGUUCGGUUCGCGUCUCCGAUACUACUCAAAGAUUUCCCCAAGAUCAACGAUUGGCUUGCGAAGCUCGAAUCUGAGAUGCGAGUUUCUUUGGCUAAAUUACUAUGUGACUCAGUGGGCGAACUCCAAGCUUUUUAUGGGAAUGGGGAGCCGCUGCCUAAGGACAAGUUCCUUGCUUGGGUCGAAUCAUACCCAGCACAGUUGGUUUCACUCGCAAUCCAGGUUGCAUGGACCUCAUCCGUGGAGUCUGCAUUGGUCGAAAACGCCGGCCUUGAGAGCGCCCUUUCUACCGUCCGGCAAGGGCUCGAACUCCUCGCCGAUGUAGUCUUGACCGAUCUUUCAGCCAUCACCCGUCGCAAGUGCGAACAUCUCAUUACCGAGCUAGUCCACCAGCGCGACGUCAUUCGCUCUCUGAUUGGACAGAACAUACGAGAUAAUAAGGCAUUCCCGUGGCUGUAUCAAAUGCGUUUCUACCUUGAUCGUGCAGCCACAGAUCCCCUUGCAUGCCUUAGUGUUCAUGCUGCCAAUGCUGAAUUCCCUUAUGGCUGGGAAUACCUUGGUGUUCCCGACCGACUGGUACAAACACCCCUUACCGAUAGAUGCUACCUUACCCUCACCCAAGCUUUGGAUACUCAACUGGGAGGUGCUCCGUUUGGUCCUGCAGGAACCGGUAAAACCGAGUCUGUCAAGGCUCUCGGGGUCCAACUUGGCCGGUUUGUACUUGUCUUCUGCUGCGACGAAACCUUUGAUUUCCAGGCCAUGGGUCGUAUUUUCGUUGGACUAUGCCAAGUUGGCGCCUGGGGUUGCUUUGACGAGUUUAACCGGCUGGAGGAGAGGAUCCUGAGCGCCGUGUCCCAGCAGGUGCAGACUAUCCAGCAAGGUCUUGCUGCGUUGGCCAAAAACCCUCAAGCCGAGAUAGAACUGGUUGGUAAAACCCUUCGAGUGAACAGAAAUCUUGGUAUCUUCAUCACUACGAACCCAAACUAUGCGGGUCGUUCCCAAUUGCCACCUAAUUUGACCAAAUUGUUCCGACCGAUGGCUAUGACCCGUCCCGAUCGGGAGCUCAUUGCCCAAGUCAUGCUCUUCUCCCAAGGCUUCAGAACCGCGGAAACACUCGCUUCCAAGAUUGUUCCAUUUUUCAAUCUCUGCGCCGAACAACUUUCUCCUCAACCGCACUACGAUUUUGGUCUCCGCGCACUGAAAGCUGUACUUGCUAGCGCUGGUAUCCUGAAAAGAGAACGUUUGCAAACACUUCGUAGCUCCGCUGAUGAUGAGGAUUCGGCUGGCCUUUCUGAUGUCUACUCGGAGCAGCUGAUUUUAAUUCAAAGCGUGACAGAGACUAUCGUUCCCAAGUUGGUUGCGGAUGACGUGCCUUUAUUGACAAGCUUGCUGGCCGAUGUGUUCCCCGGUAUCGAUUACGUGCCUGUAGAUCUUGACGCUUUGAGGGAGCAUAUUCAUGCUGUAUGCACGGAGCGACACCUCGUCACGGGCGAGAAGUGGAUCGCUAAGAUUCUCCAAUUGUAUCAAAUCCAGAAGAUUCAACAUGGUCUCAUGAUGGUUGGAUCCUCGGGCAGUGGGAAAACGAAUGCAUGGAAAGUGCUGCUCUCUGCGCUGGAACGAUUUGAUGGAACCGAGGGUGUGGCUUAUGUUAUUGAUCCCAAGGCUAUCCACAAGGACGCACUUUACGGAACGCUGGAUCCCACGACUCGCGAAUGGAAUGACGGUCUGUUUACACACAUUCUGCGCAAAAUUGUGGAUGAUGUUCGAGGAGAGAGCACCAAACGACACUGGAUCAUUUUUGAUGGCGACGUAGAUCCUGAAUGGGUUGAAAACUUGAAUAGUGUGCUCGAUGACAACAAACUCCUUACUUUGCCCAACGGGGAGCGUCUGAACUUACCGGGUAACGUCCGCAUCAUGUUCGAAGUCGAGCAUCUCAAGUACGCUACUCUCGCGACUGUUAGUCGAUGUGGUAUGAUCUGGUUCAGUGAAGACACGGUCGACCCUCAGAUGGUCUGCCGACACUAUCUUAAUACUCUUGAAUCCGCAGCGCUCGAUGCCGAUGACGACGAUACCAUUGAAACCCCCGCACGCCGCGCUGAAGUUGCUGCAUCUGACGACCCGACCCCUGCUUCAGUCACUAUUCAAAGAACUAUCGUCAAGAUCCUCGAGCCAUUCUUCUCUUCAGGUGGCCUUGUGGAGCUUGCAUUGGAAUUUGCCGACUCCGUUGACCAUAUCAUGGAUUUCACUACCACCCGCGCACUCAAUACUUUAUUCUCUUUAAUCAAUAAGACCGUUCGUAACGUGGUGGAGUACAACAAUCAGCAUCCAGAUUUUCCACUUUCUCCUGAACGGGUGGAGCAAUACGUAUCGAAACGGUUGUUAGUUAAUCUCAUUUGGGCGUUUACGGGCGAUGCCAAACUUGAUUUCCGGGCAAAAAUGGGCGACUUCUUGAAGGGGCAGACGGGGGUAGAUCUUCCUCCAUUGCUCCCUGGAAGUUCUCUUAUCGACUACGACGUACAAGUUUCAACUGGCGAUUGGGUCGCGUGGGCUGGUCGAGUCCCAUCCAUUGAUAUAGAUGCACACGCUGUCACCGCCUCCGAUGUUGUCGUUCCAACCAUGGACACGGUUCGCCACGAGGAAGUACUGUACUCGUGGCUCUCCGAGCACAAACCGUUGAUGCUCUGCGGCCCACCUGGGUCCGGGAAGACCAUGACUCUAUUCAGUGCUCUACGAAAACUUCCCGAUCUCGAGGUUGUUGGACUAAACUUCUCAAGUGCCACUACGCCAGAACUCGUUCUCAAGACAUUCGAACAAUACUGCGAAUUCCGCAAAACACCCAACGGCGUUAUCCUUUCCCCGGUGCAGAUCGGACGGUGGCUUGUACUGUUCUGCGACGAAAUCAACCUCCCAGCAACCGAUAAGUAUGGCACGCAACGCGUUAUCUCUUUCUUACGCCAGCUGGUCGAGUGUGGAGGAUUCUAUCGUACGUCGGACAUGGCUUGGGUUAAGCUUGAGCGCAUACAGUUUGUUGGCGCUUGCAAUCCUCCUACUGAUCCCGGGCGAGUUCCUCUCAGUCAUCGCUUCCUUCGACAUGCACCUCUCGUUAUGGUCGACUAUCCUGGUGAAAUCUCCCUCAAGCAAAUCUACGGCACUUACUCGCGUGGUCUCCUUAAAGUGCUCCCCAACCUUCGCCAAUAUGCUGAACCCCUCACCGAUGCCAUGGUCGAAUUCUAUCUGGCCUCCCAAAAACGAUUCACGACUGAUGCACAAGCCCAUUAUGUCUACAGCCCUCGCGAACUCACUCGCUGGGUACGUGGUAUAUACGAAGCUAUCAGGCCUCUCGAAUCGCUCUCUGCUGAGGGAUUGGUACGAGUCUGGGCACACGAGGCUCUGAGGCUCUUCCAAGAUCGCCUCGUCAAUGAAGAAGAGCGAGCUUGGACCGACGAACACAUUGAUUCAUAUGCGAUGCAACACUUCCCUACUAUCAAUAAGGACGAAGCCCUUUCUCGCCCAAUUCUCUUCUCAAACUGGACAUCCCGUCAUUAUAUUCCUGUCAACCGGGAACAAUUGCGAGAAUAUACCAAGGCUCGGCUACGUGUAUUUCACGAAGAGGAACUCGAUGUGCAGCUCGUGUUAUUCAACGAUGUGCUCGACCAUGUACUCCGGAUCGAUCGUGUAUUCCGCCAAGUUCAAGGCCACUUGCUUUUGAUUGGGGUUAGUGGUAGCGGCAAGACUACGUUAUCACGCUUUGUUGCUUGGAUGAAUGGCCUGAGUGUUUUCCAAAUAAAAGUCUCCAACAAGUACACCGGCGAAGAUUUUGAUGACGAUUUGAGGACAGUGCUUCGACGGGCAGGAUGCAAGGGAGAAAAAAUAUGCUUCAUUAUGGAUGAAUCGAAUGUUCUGGAUUCCGGAUUCCUGGAGCGUAUGAAUACACUCCUCGCCAACGCUGAGGUACCUGGCCUUUUCGAGGGUGACGAACACGCGGCUCUGAUGACUGCCUGCAAGGAAGGCUCUCAACGUGACGGGCUCAUGCUCGAUUCGCACGAGGAGCUGUACCGUUGGUUUACUCAACAGGUCGCAAAGAACUUGCAUGUUGUGUUUACGAUGAACCCUCCGGAGAAUGGCCUCGCUUCUCGUGCGGCAACUUCCCCUGCGCUCUUCAAUCGAUGUGUUCUUGAUUGGUUUGGAGAUUGGCCCGAUCAAGCAUUCUAUCAAGUUGGCCAAGAGUUCACCAACACCCUUGAUUUGGAUCUACCCUCAUAUGCCGCCCCACUCAACUUCCCCGUCGCCUAUCGUCAGCUCGAGCUUCCUCCAACCCAUCGUGCGGCUGUGAUCAACGCGCUUGUGCAUGUCCACCUUUCCUUACAUGAAGUUAACCAAAGGCUGAGCCGAAGACAAGGCCGAUAUAAUCAUGUUACCCCUCGACACUAUCUUGAUUUCUUGCACCAUUACGUCCGACUCUAUAACGAGAAGCGGGACGAACUUGAAGAACAACAACGCCAUCUUCAUGUCGGCCUCGAUAAACUUCGAGAUACCGUUACUCAAGUCGAAGAACUACGCAAGAGCCUUGCUAUCAAGAAUGCCCAACUCGAAGCCAAAAAUAAGGAAGCCAACGAAAAAUUGCAGCGCAUGGUCACAGAUCAGCAGGAUGCUGAGACGAAGAAAGCGUCAUCGAUCCAGAUUCAAGCGGCCCUGGUCGAACAAGAUAAACAGAUUGAAGAACGUCGACAAGUCGUCAUGGCGGAUCUCGCGGACGCCGAACCUGCCGUUAUUGAGGCCCAGUCUGCAGUCAGUAAUAUCAAGCGACAGCAUCUGACGGAAGUCCGUGCGAUGGCCAAUCCCCCAGCCGCUGUCAAGAUGGCCAUGGAAUCCGUCUGUACUGUCUUGGGUAAUCGCAUCGAUAGCUGGAGGACUGUCCAAGGAAUCAUCCGUCGGGAAGACUUCAUUGCGAGUAUAGUCAAUUUCGACACGAACAAGCAGAUGACUCGGGGACUCCGUGAGCAAAUGAAGCGUGACUACUUAGCUCAACCCACCUUCAACUUCGAGACCGUCAACCGUGCUUCUAAGGCCUGUGGGCCUCUUGUUAAAUGGGUCAUCGCGCAGGUUCGGUUUUCAGAAAUUCUCGACAAGGUUGAGCCCCUGCGCAACGAGGUCGAUGAACUGGAACGAAAGGCCGAGACUACCAAGCAGUCCGCAAGUACCAUUGUCAAGAUGAUUGCCGAGCUAGAAACCAGUAUCGAGCGUUACAAACGAGAAUACGCGAUCCUCAUUAGCGAAGUUCAGGCCAUCAAAACCGAAAUGGAGCGCGUACAAUCCAAAGUUGAUCGUAGUAUGACCUUGUUAGGAAGCCUAUCCUCGGAAAAGAGCCGAUGGGAGGAAGGUAGCCGCACAUUUGACACCGAGAUGAGCACCAUCGUUGGAGACGUUCUUUUGUCCUCCGCAUUCCUGGCAUACGGCGGCUUUUUCGACCAACACUACCGUGAAGUCAUGUGGCAAGAAUGGACGGUUCAUCUGUCGGACGCCGGAAUCAGUUUCAAACCCGAAUUAGCACUCCCCGAGUACCUAUCAACCGCUGACGACCGCCUAGGAUGGCAAUCCAAGGGCCUGCCCUCCGAUAACCUGUGCACCGAGAAUGCGAUCAUGCUGAAGAGAUUCAAUCGUUAUCCUCUUAUCAUCGACCCAACUGGUCAAGCUACUGCCUUUUUGCUUAACGAAUACAAAGACAAGAAGAUCGCUGUCACUAGCUUCCUCGACGAAGCAUUCCUCAAAGUCCUCGAGAGCGCACUUCGCUUCGGUAACCCUAUUCUCAUCCAAGACGUAGAACGCCUUGACCCUAUUCUUAACGCCGUCUUGAACAAGGAAAUUCGACGAACUGGGGGUCGAGUACUUAUUCGAUUGGGUAGUCAAGACAUCGAUUUCUCUCCAGCAUUCACCAUGUUUUUGUCCACUCGUGAUCCAUCCGUUGAGUUCUCGCCAGAUAUCUGCAGUAGGGUGACCUUCGUCAACUUUACAAUGACCCGAAGCAGUCUGCAAAGUCAAUCCCUUGAUCAAGUUCUGAGGACCGAACGACCUGAUACAGACCACAAACGCAAAGACUUGAUGAAGGUACAAGGCGAAUUCAAGUUGCGUUUACGAACCUUGGAGAAGCUCUUAUUACAAGCCCUCAACGAAUCUACGGGAAAUAUUUUGGACGACGAUAAAGUUAUCGACACUUUAGAGACAUUGAAAAAAGAGGCAGCCGAGAUUACGCGGAAGGUCGAGGAAACAGACGUUGUCAUGCGCGAAGUUGAACAAGUGACAGCUGAGUAUCUCCCCCUAGCACAAGCGUGUAGUGCCGUCUUCUUCGUGCUCGAGCAGCUCAACCUAGUAAACCACUUCUACCAAUUCUCGCUGCGCUUUUUCCUUGACAUCUUCGAUAACAUACUCCAUAACAAUCCCAACCUCGCCAAAGUUACCGACCAUCAGCGCCGACUCGAGAUUCUCACUGAAGAUCUAUUUUUAAUGGUGUACAAACGAACUUCUCGUGCUCUCCUGCACCGGGACCACCUUGUGCUCGCCGUCCUCCUUGCCCAAAUCAAACUUCGAGGGGAAGACAAUCAAACGAUCAGCGACGACAUUGAAUUGCUCCUGGAUAGUGCCGAUGUAUCAAGCUCUGGGGCAGCUUCAACCGGAGAUGGACUUCUGUCUGAUGAUCAAAAGGAGCGUCUCGCAGCCUUUGCCAAACACAGCCUGUUCGAGGGAAUCGAGAAUCAUAUUUCUGAGAACCCGUCGGAAUGGGAAACUUUCUUGAGAUCAAGCAAUCCAGAAAAAUCGGUACCCUGGCCAUGGACGGAUCCAGCUACCCCCGCAGUAAAGGCUGUACGCCAGAUCCUGCUUGUGAAAUGUUUCCGCCCAGACCGUCUACUGCAAGCAACUGCUAUUUUCACUGCGCUAGUUUUCGACACCGAUCUAGUUGCCCAGUCAGCCUAUGAGCUUGGAGCGGUGGUCAACGACGAGGUACAACCAGCUACACCCCUGGCAUUAGUUUCAGUAGCCGGUUACGAUGCCAGCUACCGGGUCGAAAACUUGAUUCAAUCCACCGGUAUUCGGCAUAAGUCUGUAGCAAUGGGCUCCCAGGAAGGAUUCUCCUUGGCGGACGAGGCAAUCGCGGUGGCUGCCCGACAAGGCUCCUGGGUCCUACUCAAGAAUGUCCAUCUGGCCCCCUCUUGGCUCAGCGCCCUCGAGAAAAGACUGCAAAACCUCAGUCCUCACCGCAGCUUCCGUCUGUUCUUGACCAUGGAAGCCAAUCCGGCUAUCCCUGUGAACAUACUGCGCCAGUCGAGAAUUUUCAUGAACGAACCUCCUCCAGGCAUCAAAGCCAACCUUUUGGACUCAUUCAAGAAUAUAUCCCCAGCAAAAUUGUCCCAGGGGCCAGCGGAGAAGCUGAGGCUAUACUUCCUCCUCGCUUGGUUCCAUGCCGUUGUUCAAGAACGUCUUCGUUACGUUCCACUUGGUUGGAGCAAGACUUAUGAUUUCAACGACUCGGAUCUUGCAUCCGCCUUCCUUACUAUUGACACAUGGCUUGGCGCAACCGCCCGGGGCAAAGCCAAUGUGGACCCGGCUUUGAUCCCAUGGGACGCAGUUCGCACACUCGUCAAACAAUCAGUUUAUGGGGGUCGUGUUGAUAGCGAUUUCGAUCAGCGUGUUUUGGACUCCUUUGUCGAUGGGCUCUUCACGCCCCAAGCAUACAAUGUUGAUUUCGACCUUGUGCCCCGCACUGGCCCAGAUGUCGUUUUGGUAGUCCCUGACGGAACUAAGCUAGACCAUUUCACUUCGUGGAUAAAUGGUCUUCCUGAACGAGAACCAACCUCAUGGCUAAGCCUUCCUCCAACCGCAGAAACUGUGAUUGCCAUUACUCAAGGAAAUGCGCUACUUGGCAAGCUACGAAAAAUGAGGACACUUGCUGACGACGAUGAAGCUGAUUCUGGGAGCAAAUCGUCGAGUAAGACCGGCAACCAACAGCCUGCUUGGAUGCGUACGUUGCACCACCAUUGUAACGAAUGGCUGAAGGAAUUGCCUUCGGAGCUCUCCAAACUAACUUCAGGAGGUUCCGAAGACCCUCUGUACCGCUUCUUUGCUCGUGAAGUUGGCGUUGGCAGGAAGUUGCUGGGGCAGAUUCGAAAGGAACUAUCGGAUGUUAUCAAAGUUUGCGAAGGCUCGCUCAAACAAACAAACCAUCUUCGCAACCUCUUGAGCCACCUGACGAAGGGUACGGUGCCGGAGCAUUGGCGUAGAUACAAAGUUAAACGAGGAAUCGCAGUCUCUCAGUGGAUCGCGAACUUAGCCCAAAGGUUGGCCCAACUUGAAGAAAUCACCAAGGUCACCUCCUAUGAUAGUUUCAAUGUAUGGCUCGGGGGAUUAUUCUUCCCUGAAGCAUAUGUCACUGCGACCCGCCAGGCUGUCGCACAUCAUAACUCCUGGUCGCUUGAAACGUUGCUACUUAGACUGGAUGUCCAGCAAGAUCCCUCUCGAGACGCGUUUGCGGUACAAGGCUUAUUGAUGGAAGGGGCCUCUUGGGUUGGCGGACACGCUGAAGUCAAUUCCGGCGAGACAGUUAGACUCGAGUCCACAUACCUUCGCUGGGUGCAAGUAGACCAAUCAAGCACUUCACAAAAGUCACUUAAUCUACCCGUCUACCUGAACGAAGACCGUAGCGACGUCUUGUUCACAGUAGACUUGCCUUUCGAAGGAGACUCGGGGCGUAUCUUCUCGCUUCGCGCCGUGUGCUUGACUGCUGGCGGUUAG